GGCCGGGGCGACGGCGGGCCGCGGCUGCUAGCGCGGGCCGAGCGGCAUGAGCCGAGCGCGGGCGGCGCGGUGAGCGGAGCCCGGCCGCGCCGCCCGAGCAGACCGUCUCCGCCCGCCCGCCCGCCGGGACCAUGCGGCUGCGCGUCUACAAGCGGAAGGUGCUGGGCCUGGCGCUCGCGCUGGCCGCCUGCGGCGUGGUGCUCUGGAGCAGCGCCGGCCGCCGCCGGAAGAGCGAGGCCCCGCCGCCGCCGGACGCCGAGCCCGCGCGCGCCGCCAGCCGCGGGGACCGCCCCGAGCCCAAGGGCGCCCGCCGGGCCGCCAACGACUCGGCCGCGCCGCCCGUGCCCGGCGCGCCGCAGCCCGAGGCGGACAACCUGACGCUGCGCUACCGCGCGCUGGUGUACCAGCGCAACUUCGACCAGCCGCUGCGCAACGCGGGCCGCGCCGGCGCCUGGGCGCCCCGCGAGCUGGUGCUGGUGGUGCAGGUGCACGACCGGCCCGAGUACCUGAGCCUGCUGCUGGACUCGCUGCGCAGGGCGCGCGGCAUCGGCGACGUCCUCGUCAUCUUCAGCCACGACGUCUGGUCGGCCGAGAUCAACCGGCUGAUCGCCGCGGUGGACUUCUGCCCGGUCCUGCAGGUCUUCUUUCCUUUCAGCAUCCAGCUGUACCCCCACGAGUUUCCGGGCAGCGACCCCCGGGACUGCCCCAGGGACCUGGAGAAGAAGGCGGCUCUGAGGAUGGGGUGCAUUAACGCCGAGUACCCCGACUCCUUCGGCCACUACCGGGAGGCCAAGUUCUCCCAAACCAAACACCAUUGGUGGUGGAAGCUGCACUUUGUGUGGGAAAGGGUCAAGGUCCUCCGAGACUAUGCUGGCCUCAUACUUUUCCUGGAGGAGGAUCACUACUUAGCCCCGGACUUUUACCACGUCUUCAAAAAGAUGUGGAAGCUAAAGCAGCAAGAGUGUCCUGAGUGUGACGUGCUGUCCCUGGGGACCUAUACUGCCAUUCGCAGCUUCCACGGCAUUGCUGACAAGGUGGACGUGAAAACUUGGAAAUCCACAGAGCACAAUAUGGGUCUAGCCUUGACCCGGGAUGCUUAUCAGAAGCUCAUCGAGUGCACAGACGCUUUCUGUACUUACGAUGAUUAUAACUGGGACUGGACUCUUCAGUAUUUGACUGUAUCUUGUCUUCCAAAAUCCUGGAAAGUACUGGUUCCUCAAGCUCCUAGGAUUUUUCAUGCAGGAGACUGUGGUAUGCACCACAAGAAAGCCUGCAGACCGUCCACCCAGAGUGCCCAAAUCGAGUCACUCUUAAAUAAUAACAAACAGUACCUGUUUCCAGAAACUCUAGUUGUCAGUGAGAAGUUUGUGGCAGCCGUUGCCCCACCUAGGAAAAAUGGAGGGUGGGGAGAUAUUAGGGACCAUGAACUCUGUAAAAGUUAUAGGAGACUGCAGUGAAAUAUCACAAGUACAAAGCAAAAGUGACAGUCUUCUAUUUUUGAUAUUUGCCCAAACAUCCAAUUGAAUAAAAGGGUUUAGGAACUGGUUUCUGCUUUAAUACAAAAAAAAAAAUAAUUCUUGUAAAAGGUGUCCAAUGUAUUAAUCUUUUCCUUUUAUGUCUGAUUAAGAUUUAAAACACAGGUUUUCAUUUUGCGAGUUGGGUUUUAAAGAGCUGUAUCUGCUAAAGGUAAGCAUUAUUGUUAAUGGGGGGAUUUUAUUUAAAUUGCAUCUAUUAAUCUUUUUAUCUGGAACUUUGUACACUUUUCCACUUUCAAAACUUAUUUUAAGUACAGCAAAAUUUAUUUAAAAUUGUCAUAGCAGUAAAAAGUAUUCAAAUGAAAUUGUUAGAGUAUUAAUGGGACAAGCCCAGUCUCACUCUUGACACAGUUACUAGGAAGGGAUUGCUUCACUGGCUGUUAAACACCCUGUCGGAACAGUCAUUUUCAGUAUUACGGAUUCCUCUGUUAAGAUUUGCCUGUGCUUUGGAACCUUCAUAGAACAUACUUUCUUUUGGAAUGUAUUUGAUUGAUCAGAGAGUUUAAACACUGUUUUCACCUCAAUGUAGAAAUACAGUUGUGUUUUUUUUCCUUUAGUGCUGCCAAAAUAAAUACUCAUUUUUGCAUAA